AUGGAAGAAUCACAACGAGGAAAUGACAAAGGAAAGAGCAAAGUUAGUGGAGGUUAUAAAUUGUGGACAUUGGAAGAGAGCAAUGAGUUGCUACAGCUCAUGGUUGAUGCCGCCAAUCGUGGAUGGCGUGAUAGUAAUGGAAUGCUAAGUAAGCAAACAGUUGAGAAAAAGAUACUCCCUGCUCUUAAUGCAAAACUUGGAUGUGAAAGGAAUCAUUCACAAUACUUAAGCCGAUUGAAAUGGUUUAAGCAACGAUAUAAUAUUUUUUCUGAGCUUAUGCGUCAUAGCUCUGGGUUUGGGUGGGAUCCAAUCACAAAGAAGUUCACUGCUAGUGAUGAAGUGUGGAAAGAUUAUAUUAAGUCCCACCCGGCCCAUGUCAACUUUCAGACAGACACUUUUGCUGACUAUGAACUUCUGAGAAUUGCAAUUGGGAAUGGAACUGCCAUUGGAAGAAACUCAAUUGCAUUGGGAGAUGAUACGGAUGCAAGAACAUUAGGAGUGGAAGAAAGUAGACGUCUGGGAAUAGAUGACUUGAGUUAUGACGAUGAUAAUCAUGCAUUCAUACCAAAUGAAGUUGAAGCUGCAACAUUCCAAGAUCUAUCACCCAAACAACCUAAUUCAUAUGUUCCCACUCAAGGCACGAAUGUGGAGCUUCCCUUGGAAAGCAAUGGUCAGACAAAAAGAAAUAGAACUGAGUAUGAGGGGAACACUAGCUCUUUUGAGACCAACACUCGAGCCGAUGUUCUAGAAAGAGUUUCUCUUAGCAUUGAUUCAAUUGCCACAGAUUUUCGGGGAAUCCAUAGCCUUAUGGAAAAAAAGGAAAAAGAGAGUGGUUGUUGGGAUGCUAUCAUGGAAAUCCCAAACUUAGAUAGUCAGGUUCGUUACAAAGUUGUUGAGUUGCUUAAUACUAAAGCAAAAAAAGAUAUGUUCUGGAAAAUGUCACCUCAGGAGCGCAAAGAUUGGAUAAUGUAUAAGUUGUCAGAAUGAAUGAGGUUAUGUGGGAGACGAUAGACUUUGGUUAUUUUGGAGUAUGCUUAAGCACAACUUGUCUGAAUUUUUGGAGUUUGUUUAUGGCUUCAUAUUUGUGGAAUUUUGUCAAAUUUUCUAUUAGGAACAUAUUUAAAGUUUUA